UUCGCGGGGAGUCCGGUCGUUAAUCCCUGGCUCUUGAAAACCCGCCGGGAGACCCUGGAAAUUUGACCGAGGGAAACCGCGGGCUCCCCGUGGAGCAGGAGGGUUUAAGAGGCCAAGGGAAGUUAGAUCGGAAGUUGUUGCGCUGAGAAACCCUGGUCUCUGUCGUAGAUGGGCGGGGGAAGCCGAACGUCGGCGAGGAGCAGGGGUAGGGUGCCAGACCUAUCUUCGAGGCACAGCGAUGGCGAUCCGAGGCCGCGAAAAGGCGGGAGAGCGAGGAGAAGUCCUGGAUUGCUGAAUCUCUUGGAGUUUAACCUGAAAAUUGUCCUUGGGUUCGGCAUUGUUGCGUUCUCAUUGAUUGGGCUUGUGAUUUAUCGGCAAUUGAGGGCUGAUGAAUCCGUUCAGGUUCCUCGUUGUGUUACUCCGUUGCCCGCUCCAAAGAUGACGGAACUGCCACAGUUUCAAGGCGAUCACCGUGAGAGUUUGUACUGGGGAACCUACCGCCCACACGUUUAUUUGGGAAUACGGGCGAGGACACCGAGGUCUUUGAUUGCUGGGCUUAUGUGGAUUGGGGUCAAGGAUGGACGAUAUCAUUUGCGCCAUAUUUGCCAGGAUUCUGAUGAUCUUAGUACAUAUGGAUGGACCAAGCAUAAUGGCCGUGAUUAUGGGCAUCAAGUGUUGGUUGACCAAGAUCUUAUUAUUGCUACCAGCUUUGUGAAAGCCCAUGCGAGUGGAAGUGGCUAUGGAGGAGAUUGGGCAGUUCGAGUUGAGGCACAGUAUAAUGGGUCUUCCUUAACGGAGAUGCCAUUUGAAAAUUUUCAUCUUUUCUUCUAUCUGGCCGAUGAGGAAGAACAUGCUGUGAACAUAGACAAACUGCUCACAGGUUAUUCCAGGGCUGCUCGUUUGUCAUCUGGUUCACGUGAAGAUGUUGGAAUGUGGGAGCUACAUAUAAAUCCACAUGACAGUGCAGAAAUUCAUCAUGCUGGAUUCAAGACUUCUCACUUUCAUAACUUAACAGAGCUUGUCCAAGCAGCACUUGCAGUUGAGGCAAGAAGAAUGGGUCGCUUGCAGCUAUUUGACAUGUCUGAGGAUUCUUCAAACGUUGCUAUAUUUCAGAUUUCUGCGAAGCUGCCAUUAAAAAUGGAUUUAGUGUUUCUGUCUGGUACUGUUUCAGAGAUCUCAAGAGUUGAAGACCGUGUGAGCAGCCUGACAGGAACACAUUUGACCACUCUUCUGCACAAGAAGGACGAUGAAUUUGAAGAUAAAUACCAGAUAUGUUUUAACUUAUCGGAUAAGAUGGAUCUGAAGGCAAGAACAGCUGGCAAGGCUGCAAUUUCGAACAUGUUAGGAGGUAUUGGCUACUUUUACGGUCAGUCAGAGAUUGCUUUCUCAAAUGAACAUGCUCAUUCAAGCAGUGCAAGUUUCAUCCCUUACUGGCCAGCUGCUCUUUAUACAGCUGUUCCAAGUCGAUCUUUCUUUCCCAGAGGCUUUUUAUGGGAUGAGGGAUUUCACCAGCUUCUGAUUUGGAGAUGGGAUAUUGACAUUUGUCUGGAUAUUCUUGCUCACUGGUUAGAUUUAAUCAACAUUGAGGGUUGGAUUCCUCGAGAACAAAUAUUAGGUGCUGAAGCAAGAAGUAAGGUUCCUGAGGAGUUCAUUGUUCAGCACCCAUCACAUGGUAAUCCACCCACAUUGUUUCUUGUUUUACGAGAUCUGCUCGAAGCUGUCGAGAAAGAUAAAUUUACUGCUACUGAGAGCAGUCAGAUAUAUGCCUUCUUAGAUAGGGCUUAUGUUCGGCUUGAAGGAUGGUUUGAGUGGUUUAAUAGAACGCAAAAAGGGAAGGAUUCAGGCAACUAUUAUUGGCAUGGCAGGGAUAACAGGACAGUACGUGAGCUAAAUCCAAAGACACUUACCUCGGGGCUGGAUGACUAUCCACGUGCAUCACAUCCUAGUGAGGAAGAGCAUCAUUUAGAUCUAAGAUGUUGGUUGCUUCUAGCUGCCAAUUGCAUGCACUCCAUUGCAAAGUUUUUGGGAUCAAAAGAUAAUGCUCUGAAGAUAUAUUCCUCAAUUUCUAAAGAUCUUUCCAGCUUUGAGCAUCUCAAUGAGAUGCACCUAGAUAAAGCUUCUGGAGCCUACCAUGAUUUUGGAAUGCACACUGAAAAGGUAAGCUUGAGAUGGCGCGAAACAAAGGAACCAAGCAGCAGCUAUGUACAGAGAGAACUUGUUCGUGUUGUAUCGGGGGAACCAGACUUAAUGUUAGUUCCUCAUGUUGGUUAUGUCAGUCUUUUCCCCCUUAUGAUGAAAAUGAUACCACCCGCUUCAAUGGUUCUGGAAAAGCAGCUCGAUCUUAUCUCAAACCGGAGUAUCUUAUGGACAGACUAUGGUCUCCGAUCCCUCGCCAAAACAAGCUCAAUCUACAUGAAACGCAACACAGAGCAUGAUCCACCCUACUGGAGAGGUCCCAUCUGGAUAAAUAUGAACUAUAUGAUUCUCUCAGCGCUGCAUCACUAUUCUCAAGAAAGUGGACCAUACCAAAAAAGGGCUGAAGAUAUAUACAAGCAACUAAGGGAAAACCUAAUUAGGAACAUUGUUCGAAACUAUUAUGAAAGUGGAUACUUGUGGGAACAGUAUGAUCAGAGGAAUGGAAAAGGAAAAGGUGCACACCCGUUUACUGGCUGGACCGCCCUUUACCUUUUGAUUGUGGCAGAGGUAUACUGAACUCAUUCACAUCAAACCAUGGUAAGAAAAGUGGAGGAACCACAUCCAUUUAGUGGCUGGACUAGCCUUUACCUUUUGAUCGUGGCAGCAGUAUUGAAUCGGAUAUUUAUUCGCAUCAAAGCACGGUAAGAAGGGGAAGGUUUAUACACGUCCCUUUAGUAGCGGUCUUCCAUUAUUAGCUCCUAAAUUAUUGGCACUGCAGAGUUCUGAGAUGGCUGUACUUUUGGAUAGGAGUAGCUUAAUGCUGCUUAUUUGCAAUUUUUCUUGUAUAAUGAAGGUGAUUGUAAUGGCGUAGUCUCCCAGCAAUUAAACCAGUUUGGCGUCAAAACCUUUUUAUCUGA